CCAUCAGUCAUUUGACAACCAAUUAAGUAAGAUGAAAAUACUGUCGACUAUCCUGCUGACUGUGGCGUUGGCUGGCUCCUGCGCAGCUGUGCCGCUCCUGGCUGAUCUGGAGUCACGCAUCACCAACGGGGACCUGGCCGCGGUGGGACAGUUUCCCUACCAGGCGGGUCUGAACAUCUCCUAUGGCAACACGAGCACUUGGUGCGGCGGCACUCUGAUCUCCCAUCGCUGGAUUGUGACGGCUGCCCACUGCACGGACGGGGCAGAGUCGGCCAUCGUCUAUUUGGGUGCCAUCAACAUUCAGGACGAGCACGAGCCCGGACAGAGGCGGUUCCACGUGGACAAGUCUCGGAUCAUUGUGCACACAAACUGGACAGCGAGCACGGUGGCCAACGACAUUUCACUGAUCCGUUUGCCAGUCCUAGUACGAUUCACCGAUAGCAUUCGGUCCGCCAGCCUGCCGAGGCGUGUCAACGGAUCAUAUCCCACCUACGAGUACCAGAGUGCCUACGCCUCGGGCUGGGGACGGGACAGCGACAGCUCGGCUGUGGUGUCUCCGGCGCUGCGUUACGUGAAGAUGCCCAUCCUGCCGCAUGCCCUGUGCAAGAUGUACUGGAGCGGGGCCGUGUCGGAGAACAUGAUCUGCAUGAGCACCACCAGCGGCAAGUCCACCUGCCAAGGCGACUCUGGCGGUCCUCUGGUCGUCAUGGAGGGCAACGAGUCCACACUGAUUGGGUCCACUUCCUUCGGCACCAACAUGGGCUGCGAGGUGGGCUUCCCGGCGGUCUUUACGCGCAUCACCAGCUAUCUCGAAUGGAUCAGGGCUCAUGUGAGGGUCUGAAUAAAAGCGCAUUGUACAUUUAUUUUUAUUUAA